AUUCUACAAACCUCUCUCUCUCCUUUUUCCUCGCCAUUUCCUCUACUCCUUUAUCUUUUCCACGUACUUACACGAACAUACACGGCCUGUCUUCAUUUCCAAGUGCAAUAAUCGCACUGGGUGGACGAUGCGGCGGCUACAACAGUCUCUUCGUCGGCGUUCGGCGCGGCGUUGCCCUUUCAUUUUGAUUCCACAUCGUCUUCUCACGACCUCCUAUGCCAGUUACAAACCAGCUCCUCAGGCAACCUUGGAGAUUGAAGAUACCAAUUCUCCAACAUUCCUCCUUAAGACAUCCCCCAUACAGCUGCCGGCUCGAGCUACAUCCGAUGACUCUGCCAUUAAAGCUCAUUUCGAUCUUCCUCAUUCAAUAUUUGGUGAUAUGGUUGGUGUGAGAAGAGAACAUGUGAAAGGCUUAUUUCAUUAUGAUUCUCUAACACAACCGGAAUCGUUAAUGCGCCUGACAGAUCGUACUCUGAUUCAGGCCUCAGCGAUCGUCCAACGCAUCGUCGUGGCUCCCCAGGAUCCCACUGGUCGAGAACUAAGGCUUGUGGUGAAGAACCUAGAUAGGCUGAGCGAUAUACUUUGCGGAGUGAUUGAUAUGUGCGAACUCAUUCGGAAUGUCCAUCCCCACCAAGACUGGGUGAAUCAGAGCGAUCGGACCCACCAGAUACUAUGUAGCUUCAUGAACGAGCUCAAUGCAACCCGGGGUCUUUACGAGUCACUUGCAAAGGCGAUUGCGCAUCCUUUCAAUGACCCAUUGACUACUUCAGAGCUUAGGGUUGCCCGUAUUUUCCUCACAGAUUUCGAGCGAUCAGGUAUACAUCUUCCGCCCUCUGUUCGCGAAAGGUUUGUGAAGCACUCGGACGCUUUACUCUUCCUCGGUCGUUCCUUCCUCUCUUCCGCAUCAUCGGGCCCAUCCACAGUUCCCCAUAUAGAAAUCCCCGAUCCUCAUCGCUUACUUACGGGACUGGGUCGCCAGUUUGUUGAUUCAUUACCACGAACAGGUCGAAAUGGACAGGCUGUUAUCGAACCUGGAAGCUGGGAGGCACAAAUGAUCCUGAGGUACGCAAGAGAGGGCCGGGCGCGAGAGCUGGUGUACGUCGGCGGAAUGAGGGCCGACAAAAAGAGAAUUAGCGUGCUGGAAGCGAUGUUGAAGGAAAGAGCUGAACUAGCCAGCGUCCUUGGGAAGAACAAUUGGGCGGAGGUUGUUCUAGUCGAUAAGAUGACAAAAACACCGGAAAAUGUGAUGCGCUUCUUGACCUCCCUCGCUCAGCACCAUCAACCCGUUGCUAGAGCAGAAGUGGAUAUGUUAAGAAGAAUGAAAGCUACUGCUCUGACUGGAAAUUACUUUGACCCACGAAAUUCUCGGACACGACAUCUUCCCCUGUUCCAUGCCUGGGAUAGGGAUUAUUAUAGCGACAAGUACCUUACAUCCCUCAUUCCUACAGGUUCGCCGCCUUCUAUUUCUCCUUAUCUUUCAACUGGCACAGUGAUGUCAGGCCUUUCCCGCAUCUUCUCAAGACUUUACGGUAUCUCCUUCAAACCAGCUGUCGUCUCACCUGGAGAAGUUUGGCAUCCUUCUGUCCGGCGGCUGGAUGUAGUGCACGAAGAAGAAGGGCUCAUUGGUGUCAUAUAUUGUGACUUUUUUUCUCGCAUUGGAAAAUCUUCUGGAGCAGCCCAUUACACUGUGAGAUGCUCAAGAAGGGUGGAUGAUGACGAUAUAGAUGGUGAUGGGUUACCAGAAGACUGGGAUAAACCAUAUGGCCCUGGAUUAGAAGCUGAUAAGGAGUCUUUAUCAGGCAAGCCAGGAAAAUACCAACUGCCUAUCAUCGCAUUGUCAAUGGAUGUCGGUACAGUGAAUGAAGGAAGACCUGCGCUCUUGAAUUGGCAGGAAUUGGAGACUUUGUUUCAUGAAAUGGGACAUGCAAUCCAUUCCAUGAUUGGUCGGACAGAGUACCACAAUGUUUCUGGAACAAGAUGUGCCACGGAUUUUGUGGAGCUUCCUUCAAUACUGAUGGAGCAUUUUGUUUCAUCACCAGAAGUCCUCAGCACUUUGGCGUUCCAUCAUGCCACCGGCGAACCUCUACCUAUCCCCGUUAUCGAGGCCCAUCUAGCUCUCAAUCAGUCCCUAAGCGCCCUCGAGACUCAUGGACAGAUCGCAAUGGCUCUUUUGGAUCAGAAAUAUCAUACGCUACGUCAUGGACAGGAUUCUUUUGAUUCUACUGCUAUUUGGUUCCAACUUCAGCAAGAAAUAGGAGUCAUCCAACCAGUGCCCGGAACAGCUUGGCAAAUGCAGUUUGGUCAUCUGUACGGAUAUGGAGCGACGUAUUACUCUUAUCUAUUUGACCGCGCCAUUGCGGGUAAGAUAUGGUCCACCUUGUUUCAUCGCUCGGGGACCUCCCAAGCUUAUGACCGAAAGGCUGAAGGAAUACUGAGUAGGGAGGGAGGAGAAUUGUUAAAAGAGAAAGUCCUAAAAUGGGGUGGAGGUAGGGAUCCAUGGGAGAUGGUAGGCGACGUGAUUGGGGGCGUAGAAGGUGAUGAGUUAAGUAAAGGAGAUGAGAGGGCAUUGGCACUGGUUGGAAGCUGGAGUGUCGUAUGACAAGAAGCAGGAAACUGUCAGAUUCCUUGCUAAAUGGGUUUACGUAGCUUGCAGCCGUCAACAAGCACAAUAUAGUGCACUUGUAGCAUAGAAUGCCAGAACUUAGAUCUACCUGGACUUUUGUCGCAUGCUCGUAGAGCUAUUUUUGAUAUGUAGCGUUAUAGUUCUUUACCAGGCAGUAGCAUACUGUGCCUACUUCAUUCAUUAUAGACUUUUUUCGUUGUGAU